UUUGCCCGGAAACCGGGAAAGGGAAUAACACUCGAAAUGUAUAUAAGAAAUACUCAAGUUAAUAAAAAAAAAAGUCUGAGCUCCAUGUAAUUGGAAAAUCCAAAUAAAAUGCAUAGUAUUCUAUACCAUUACCACUGACCAAAGUAAAAUCAAGAUCAGGUAAACAAUCUAACAACCAUCUACAACCCCUAAGGAAAUAGAAGCAGUCAUUAAAAGUCUCCCAAAGAAACAAACAGAAAUUCUCAGGAACAGAUACUUUUAGCACAGAACUCUACCAGACUUCUAAAGAAGAGCUAAUAUCAAUAUUCCUCAAAUUAUUCCACAAAAUCACCAAGACAGAUAAAACAACCCUGGACAAUAAAAUAACUUUUUGAGGUAUGAUUAUUUCUGACUUGAGACUAUACUACAGAACAAUAGUAAUAAAAGCUACAUGGUUUUAGCAUAAAAACAUACAGAUUGAUCAAUGGAAAGAAUUGAAGACCCAGAAAUGAACCAACACACUUAUAGACACUUGACAUUUGACAAUACAAUGAAAAAAUGAAAAUAUCACAAACAAAUGGUCCUGGUCUAAUUAGGUAACUGCAUUUAGAAGAAUGUAAGUAAACCAUAGCUAUUACUCUGCACAAAACUUACACCCAAAUGGACCAAAUAUGUCAACAGCACACACAAAAUUUCCUAGAAGUGAAAUUGUGGUAAAUUCCUAGAACUCAUUGCCAGAGGAGACAAAUUUCUGAACUUAAUACCAAGACCUUGGGCAUUAAGAUUAAUAAUUAAUGAAUGUGACCUCAUGAAACUGAAAUGUCAUGAGCCAACAAAUAGAACCUAAAAACCAGCGGAUGAUCUGCGUCAGAUGAGUUCACCUCAGAUUAAAAAAAAAAUCUACAACAGAUUUGGUCUUUACGGCAGGUCCAAUGAGAAAUCCAUUUUAGGAAAGAUUCCUACUAUUAACAUGCUUUUUCUAUUAUUAUUAAAUAUACAUAUUUCUAUCUCUUUAUCUAUCUAUCUAUCUAUCUAUUUAUCUAUCUAUCUAUCUAUCUAUCUAUCUAUCUAUCUAUCUAUCUAUCUACCAUCUAUCUAAAACAACCAGUAGGUACUAUCUCACUUUUUAGUGCAGAUCUCUGUAUGUAUAUAUCAAAAAAUAUGACUUAUAAUGAUGCGACAUACACAACUAGAUAAUUAUUUUGUAGUAUUACUAAUUUAAUUCAAAUAAUUUUGGGCUGAAAAUUUUAAGAGAUAGUCUUAGUUGCUAGAAAGUUGUAAUAAAUUUAGUACCAAUAAUAGAAUGUUCUCACUCAUCAGAAUAGUAUGUAAAGGCUGCAUCAUAAGAAAGACAAUGAGCUUUGAUAAUCACACCAGAAAGAGAAGACGACCUAGGAAAAUUUUGUGUUCACAGGAAAGUAUUUAGGUCCAAGGAUAAAGUCACAGAUGUGUACUAUGAUAAGGCAAGGCCAUGUAAAAGUUUACUUUGCACGUUUAAAGGGUAUAUUAUAAUGAAACACUGCUUUGAAUUUAAUAUCAACAUCUUUCUGUAACUCCUAGUUUAUGUAACAAUUAAACUCUGGGGUAAUUUCCAAAGCACUUUCUGGGUGAGAAGGUAUAAAAAGAACUCAAACAAGAAAUAAAGUUAUUAGUUUAAUGGUUUUGUGUGGGGAACUUUGAGCCAUCCAUCAAUCCAUUCUAUUUAGUAUAGAGGUAGUUAUAACAUCAAUCCAUUUAGUAGAUUUACACAAUAGAUUCAGCCAUUAAAAACAAGGAUAUCAUGAAAUUUUCAGGCAAGUGGAUGUAUCUGGAAAAUAUAAUCAUGAGUAAGGUAACAUAGACCCAGAAAAAACUAUAGAGUAUGGACUCACCUAUGUUAUAGACAUUGGUCAUAAAGUACAGGACAAUCAUGCUGCAAUCAAUAGACCCCCAAGAACCUGAGGAAUAAGAAGUGCCCAAGGGAGAAUGUAUGAAUCUUACUCAGAUGUGGAUAUAAAAUAGUCAGUAGAGGUGCAUGAGAGAGGGAAGUGGGUGGGAGAAGGUAUAAGAAGCAGAAUGAGUAUGGGAUUCAGGUAUGAGGAAACGGGAUAUGGGAGAGGGCAGGGAGAGAGAAUGGAAAUCAGUGGGGAGCAUCUCUAAGACUAGCUAGAGUCCUGGGAAUGAGGAGGGUAUGGAUAGUCUACAGUGUUGACCCUAUCAGAGAUUUCUCCAAGCUGGAAAUAUAGAGACUUAAGGGGAAUUUUUCUUUUAUGCUCCAACAACUUUAUAUUCUGCUGACUUAAAGUUUUGGUUCCAGAGCAGGUAGUGUCCAUGCCUGGAGCCAAUGUGAACACUGAAGGGGCAGGUCAAAGUACCAAUGACCACUUUGGACUUCUGAGAUCCUCAAGUCAAUAGGCAGAGAAAAACUGUUAAAGCUGGGUAAUUGAUCCAGAUUAUGGGCAAAUUGAAUUGUAUCUCCACAAUAGAGGCAAUAACAUUUAUGUUUCAAAUGAAGAAAAUCCUUUAUGAUGGCCUUUGGUGUUAUCAACUCCCAUGGUUAUCAUCAAUUGUAAACUAUACAUCAUAAUAUAUACAGGAAGUCAAAGGGCACAGACAAGAAAGGAAUGAAAGUAUAGGUCAUUUCUCUAGGAAAAAAAGCCAGCAUUACCUGAGGAGCUUACAUGGAGUAGAAGAAAUAUUAGAGGAUAUUAGAGGAUGGUAGGUAUAAAUACCAGCUGUAGACUUCAUGACAUCAAGUUGUAUAAUGUCAGUUAAGAUAAUAUCUAUGGUUAUCACGUUUCAAUUUGAGAUAGUCCAAAAAUGUCACUUGAGGAUAUUGACACUUUUUCUAAAUUUAUAAUGCAUUUGUAGUUUUACAUGAGGUAGUUAUAACAUGUCAGGCAUAAUUAUAAUAUUGUUAAAUAUAUAGUACAUUUAUAAUACCUCUGGGUUUAUGGAACAUCACUAGCCAUACCAUCCAAUAGAAGGAUCCUAUACCUGGCACCAAGAUAUUACUUUGUAGCCUAUCAUGUCUAAUAGGGUCAGUGUUACCAUUUUUAUUGGAUAUUUUUUAUUAUUUACAUUUUGAACUGUUAUCCCCUUUCCCAAUUUCCCAUCUAUAACCACCCUAUCCGAUUUCUCCUCACCCUUCCUCUAUGAGGGUGUUCCCCUACCCAUCCACCCACUAUAUUCUCCUCCCCACUCUGAUAUUCACUUACUCGGGGAAGGGGGUCAAGCCCUGGCAGGACCACGGGCUUCUCCACCCAUUGGUGCCCAACAAGGUCAUCUUCUUCUACAUAUACAGCUGGAGCCAUGGGUCUGUCCAUGUGUACUUUUUGGAUGGUAAUUUAGUCCCUGGGAGCUCUGCUUGGUUGGUAUUGUUGUUCUUAUGGGGUUUCAAACCCCUUCAGUUCCUUCAAUCCUUUCUCUAACUCCUUCAAUGGGGACCUCAUUCUCGGGUCAAUGAUUGGCUAUGAACAUUCACCUUUAGAAGAUAAAAUUUCUCAAGAGUUUUCAGUUAUUGUCUUUUGUUCAGUUAUGCUGAGGUAGCCUCAUUUCUGAAAUGAUGGUAAGUGGAUAAUCCUAAUAACUGUAAAGCCAGAGGGGUAUCUGCAACUACAAUGUAAUCACAUUGAAUUAUAAGUUCUUCCAGCUAUGAGUUGUGGAACACUUGUAGUCCUUCUAUUGUAGUGCUGAUAAUAAAAUGUAAGAAAGAGGGGCUGGGGAUUUAGCUCAGUGGUAGAGCGCUUACCUAGGAAGCGCAAGGCCCUGGGUUCGGUCCCCAGCUCCAAAAAAAAAUGUAAGAAAGAAAGGAAGAGAGAGGAGGAGGAGAGAGAGAGAAAGAGACAGAGAGGAAGAGAGAGAAAGAGAACAGCCUAUGUCAUCCAUUGAAUUUCACUGUAGUAAAAACCACACAGAGCUCCUUAAGUAUCAACUUAAUACAUUUUCUUUUUAAAAUGUAUGGUAUUAAUAUAAGAUAUUUUUAUCUUUUGUCUUAGCUGUGUUUCUCAAUCAUAUAUUAGAGCCCUACUACAUUUAUAAUUAAUGUCUAUAUGUUUAAAUUAGCAAGAAACUAUUUAAAUACACAGAUAAACAUGUAUAUGAUAUUAUGUCCAUAUAUUUCUAACUUUUUUAGGAAGCACUAGAAGAGGCAUAAGUUUGAGCCAGCCUGAGGUCCAAAGUGAGAUUUUAUUAUAUAAGCAUAUAUCAUGGCAAACACAAAAAUAUCCAUAAAAUCCAAACUCCCAUAUGGACUAUGCCUUACAAGUUAAGACGUUUGAGGUAUUUUUAUUUAUAUAAAAGUCAAGUGAUUGUAUCUCCUAGCAAUGUAAGCAAGUCUACCUAUAAAAUGUUUACUAAAAACACCCUAGAGGGAAAACAUUUACAGAAAGGCCUGCAUGCAUAGGAAAAACUCCAUAGACUUCGAUUCUACAAAAGAAAUUCAUACUCAUAAUCCAUAUUACACAGGCUUAGCUGAUAGCAUUUAUAUCUUUACAAAUAUAUCUGUGUACUAUAGGUACACGUAUGUUAUGUAUGCACAUACAUGUAUGUAUAUCUGAAUUAAAACUUAAAGAAAAGAAAAUAAGGAAAUGCAAAUAUUAGAUGUUUGGAUAAAAAGGAAGAAGAAAUUGAUAAAAUUUUAGCACAACAUCAUAAAUAAAUAAUUUAAAAUUAACUCAAAUAUGUUUAAAGAUUUGAAUGAGUGUAUUUAUCAAUGUUACAUGAAAUAACUCAAUAAAAUUAAGCCAAAAUCUCUUACAGACUUCCAACAAAAAUGACAAAGUUAAAGGAGCUAUUUUUGUCUUAUCAUUGAGACAAAGUUCAUUUGAAAGAGAGAUAAACAGUGGCCAGAUGGCUGUGCAAAGUUUGCCAAAAGCAAAAUAUUGAUUUUUAUGGUGUUAUAUAAAAUCUCUGGAGUGCCUGAUAACACCUGUGUCAGUAAGAAGGGUCUUCAUGGAUCCAUUUGUGGUCUUGGUGCUCAGUCUGUCCUUUCUGCUUCUCCUGUAUCUAUGGAGACCAAGCCCUGGGAGAGGGAAGCUUCCUCCUGGCCCUACUCCUCUCCCAAUUUUUGGAAAUUUUCUUCAGAUAGAUAUGAAGGACAUCCGUCAAUCAAUAUCCAAUUUUUCUAAAACCUAUGGCCCUGUGUUCACUUUGUAUUUCGGCUCACAGCCUACUGUGGUAUUGCAUGGCUAUGAGGCAGUGAAAGAAGCCCUCAUUGAUUAUGGGGAAGAGUUCUCUGGAAGGGGAAGAAUGCCAGUUUUUGAAAAGGCUACUAAAGGACUGGGCAUUAGUUUUAGCCGUGGAAAUGUAUGGAGAGCCACAAGACAUUUCACAGUCAAUACCCUGAGGAGUUUGGGCAUGGGGAAACGGACCAUUGAGAUCAAAGUGCAAGAGGAAGCAGAGUGGCUAGUGAUGGAACUGAAGAAAACCAAAGGCUCACCCUGUGAUCCCAAAUUCAUCAUAGGAUGUGCUCCCUGCAAUGUCAUCUGCUCCAUUAUCUUCCAGAAUCGUUUCGAUUAUAAAGAUAAGGAUUUUCUUAGCUUGAUAGAAAACGUGAAUGAGUACAUUAAAAUUGUGAGCACUCCUGCAUUUCAGGUUUUCAACGCAUUCCCUAUUCUUCUGGAUUAUUGUCCAGGAAAUCAUAAGACACAUUCAAAACAUUUUGCUGCUAUUAAGAGUUACCUUUUGAAGAAAAUAAAAGAACAUGAAGAAUCGUUGGAUGUUUCAAAUCCUCGGGACUUCAUUGAUUACUUCCUAAUUCAAAGAUGUCAGAUAAAGUCCAGGAAGAGAUUGGCCAAGUGAUUGGGAGACACCGCAGCCCCUGUAUGUUGGACAGGAUCCACAUGCCCUACACAAAUGCCAUGAUUCAUGAGGUUCAGAGAUAUAUUGACCUUGCCCCAAAUGGUUUGUUGCAUGAAGUGACCUGUGACACUAAA